AAAAACGAACAAACAUGUCUUCCAACAAGAUUGUUUUGUCUAGCUCCGAUGGCGAAUCUUUCGAGGUUGAAGAAGCGGUGGCAAGAAAACUGAAAAUCGUGGAACACAUGAUUGAAGACGACUGUGUUGUUACCGAGGUCCCUCUUCAAAACGUCACCGGAAAGAUCCUCUCCAUUGUUGUCGAGUAUUGCAAGAAACACGUCGUUGACGAAGAAAGCGACGAGUUCAAGACUUGGGACGAAGAGUUCAUGAAGAAAUUUGAUCAGCCUACGGUCUUCCAACUCUUGCUCGCUGCUAACUAUCUCAAUAUCAAAGGCCUUCUUGAUCUCUCUGCUCAAACCGUUGCAGAUCGCAUCAAAGAUAAGACUCCAGAGGAAAUUCGAGAAAUCUUCAACAUCGAGAACGAUUUCACACCCGAAGAAGAAGCAGCGGUUCGCAAGGAAAACGCAUGGGCUUUUGAAUAG